CGACUCGUGCAGAGAGCGAGAGAUAUUUCUACUUCCGGGUCCGUCGCUCUUCCUUUCCUGUCGGCCAUUAGUCGGAUACGCUUUGUAAGCGACCACCUGUACAACUGUAAUCAUGCAGAACGACGCUGGUGAAUUUGUGGACCUGUACGUCCCACGUAAAUGCUCUGCUAGCAACAGAAUCAUUGGAGCCAAGGACCAUGCCUCCAUCCAGAUGAACAUUGCUGAGGUCGACAAGGUGACUGGUCGCUUCAAUGGUCAGUUCAAGACCUACGCUAUCUGCGGCGCCAUCCGCAGAAUGGGUGAGUCUGAUGACUCCAUCCUCAGGCUCGCGAGGAAUGACAGCGUUGUUGCAAAGUAAGAACCUGAUGUUGCAAAGAACUUCUAAGCGUGACGUUGGAUCUGUGGAAUCUUUGUAAAAUAAAAUGGAGAUAAAAAAC